CUGUCCAAAAUCAACGCAAAAUCGAAUGUUUUCAGUUUUGUUGUAGGUACAGUUUGAUAAUUUUUGUUAAUAAAAUUGUGUCGGAAUUGAAAUAUUUACAAAAAUAGCAUUGUGUUCAUUACCAAUAUUUGAUAUUUCUUACCUAAUAUUAAAUGAAAUCCGUGUAGCAUUUCGAUUACUUUCAAAGAAGUGAACUUGCGAAAAUGCAGAGGAAACCUGGCUUUCCUGUAGCAAAUUGCAGCAUAAAAAUGCCAGACAACUUGCCUGCACCUGAUGCGGUUGACGAGGAUGAGCCGCUGAAGAAGAGACAGCAGCUUAUCAACUUUGGCCACUCUCAGUGGGGCUUCAAUAACUGGAAUUGGGCUGUGACUAAACAGGAUCUUGAUUUUGUUGACUUGUCAAACGGCAAGUACACAGCUGGGGUGGUUGCGUUUGUGUCCAUCACAGUGAAGUCUCUCGACCUACACAGAGAGAAUAUCGGCUACGCCACCUCCAUAGCGCCACAGAAGGGCUCAGCUAUACACAAUGCUAGGAAGUGUGCAGUAACAAAUGCCCUUCGCGAGACUCUCCUCAGUUUUGGUGGCAGCGUGACGACCGAGCUGAUGGAGCUCCUCGAGAUCCACAAGCCCCCCGAGCAUGUCCCCAUCGAGCCCGAACUGCCCAAACAUUCCGAGCCCAAGAACUCCCCGAAACUCAACAUAAGGAAGGAGGCGGACAUCCGGCCACACACGACCGUGCCGCCGGCGAUAAAAAACGCCCCGAACCCCCCGCCCGUGGCGAAGGCCCACCCCAUGCCGGUGAACCUGCCCCCCGCUAACCGGCCGCCGAUAGUGGCGAACGCACCGCGCGCACCGCCGCCCCCGCCCGGCCCGCAGGUGCGACCCAACUCCAACGUAAGUUUCGUGCUGCAGCCCGUCAUGCCCCCACUGUAUGGGACCCCCCGCCUCGCCGGGCCUCCCGUUCCGCCCCCCAUGUACCCCAACUACUACGAGUACCCGUGGCAUUUUACGUACGAGCCGUUCGACCGCCACCACGGUAACGUGAACCUCAACUUCAACAUUCCCCCAAAAAACCUGGUGGUUAACAGCCGUUCGGGGUUGGAGUGUAAGAACGCGUGCGUGCGGCCCGCCGGCCCCGAGGAGCACAUGCAGUACCCUCCGCCUCAGAACCAGGGCUGCUGGAUUAAGCCCACCAUCUUCUACGACGGGUUCUGGACGGAGCAGAAAGUUAAGAAGUGGGUCGCGGAGCAGGUCGAGAAGCAGUUCCCGGAGGAUACGUCCAAGUCCUCGUCCCCGAGCGCCGCUCAGCCCGACUCCACAACUCCCAAGUCGUAGGUUCGAGUUUGCCGCGUUUUGCGUAGCGUGUACUACAUAGGUCAUAGAGGAACGGGAGUAGUAAAAAGCAUCCUCUCGGUUGCUGGCUGAGUGGUCUCGAUUUAUACCAUGUUCACUAUAGCUCGAUAAACUUGAGUAUCCAGGUGUUGCCAACAUUUAAAAGUUAGCAAAUAGCGAGUUGUUCACAGAAAAUGUAGGUUUCUUUCUGCAUUCGCAAGUUAAAAAAGAAUAGUGAAAAUAUAGCAAUAUGCUUGAAUAGUUGUGACUAUUUCUAGAUCUAGACUUAUCUUACAAAUUAUAAAGCAAUAUCUACUCUAUGUACAACUGCCAUACUUAGAAAUUUAUGCUUAUAUCUAGAACGGAAAGCUCUCUAGGACAAAUGUACCAUAGAGGCAUAGACUAAAGUCUAUGGUAUGGAGUGUAGAUGUCCAAUCUCUAUCUUGUUUUUGACCACACUUUUUACUAACCCUGUCGUUUGGUGUUAGCUUAGGUAGGAAUAUAUUUUAUUGAAAUGUGGUAUAAACUAUUUUUUAAAGGAUUUUUCAAUGUUAUCAUAGAUUAUAGGUAUGCUCAGAUAAUAUGGACUUAGGUCCGCUAGACAGUAGACAUAGAGGUCUCGGCUUGCAUUGGAUAUAUCGUAUUCUACACAGGCAAUAUAUUCUAUAGUCUACGCUAUAGCACAUCUCAUUUUAUGAAAUAAUCACAUAAAUCGUUCAGACAUGUUUGAUUAUAAAAUAAAUAUAUAGCCCGUUACAGAGGAAUUCAUCUUUUGACAGCUAUUUGUCUCUUUCAUUUGCACACGAAAAUAUUAAUGCUUCAUUUCGAUGCAAAAGUUAUAUGAGCCGGAUACCAAUAUUUUUGUGUGUGUGACUAGCAACUAUAUGUUAACCGCCCAUUCUCUCUCUAUCAGGCGACCGGAUUAUAUGAUAAUAGGUUACAUAUAGUCCGUCAAGAAAGUGAAGAAAUAAAAAAGUGGUAAC